GUUGUGCCAGAACAAUAUUCAUCAGCAGUCCCAUAUGAACCGUGUGGUAACUCAUGAACUUAUUCAUGCAUUCGAUCAUUGCCGAGCACACGUAGAUUGGUUCAACAACAUGAAACACUUGGCCUGUUCAGAGAUUCGGGCCGCCAAUCUUAGUGGCGAUUGCUCUUUUGGAAAUGAACUGUCCAGGUUUAAUUUUGGUCUGAAACAGCACCAUCAGCAGUGUGUACGAGACAGAGCUCUUCGCUCCAUUCUUGCAGUAAGAAAAGUUAGCAGAGAAGAGGCAAAAUUGGCGGUGGAUCAAGUUUUUGAAUCCUGUUUCAAUGAUCAUGAACCCUUUGGAAGGAUACCGCAUAACCAAAAUGAAGCAAGAUUUGCUUACAGAGAUUUCCAGAAUCGUGAUCGCUAUAAUGCAAAUCUUUGAUGAAAGACUAAUUUAUGACAUACUAUACAUUAUGCCAGAUUAUUCUGAAAAAUAACUUUUAUACCACCAGUAAAUUUACUGUGUUCAUGUUUUGCAUUUAUUAGGCAGUGUAAGACACAGUUUAUCAUUACAGACUGAAGGGUUAAAUUGUAUGUUGUGUUAAAACAGUAUGCUAUAAAAUGAGAUGUAAAAUUUACCUAUCUUUCAAUGUAGUAUAUUUUCUUUAUUGUAAUGUAAUUUUCAAAUAUUUGGCAUUAAAGAGUAUUCAUUUUUGAA